AUGUGUUGUACCAAGAACGCGGGAGGGACUGUCAAUAUCCUAAACUAUGUGUUCUUCCGGGAAAGAGAGGGCAACUUCUUCGCACUUAUCAUUUUGACAAGAAAAUGGGAUUCUCGUCAAUUGCAAGAAAGAGGGGUGAAGAGCGGGAAGGGAAGGGACCAGAGCGGGCUGUCUACAAGUGGGCAAACGCUGGGCAGAAGUUCUCCUAAGCAUUUGACCUAUGAAGUGCUAGAAGUUGCCUGGAGUUGGGACAAAAGCUGCCCAGAGUUGGGGAAGAAGUUGCCCACAUUUACCGAGAAGGUCCAUUGCGUUUGGAGGUAUUCUGGAACCAGUGUGGUCGUUAAGGACUAG